UUUUUUUUUUAGCUUGUGGGAAUGUAGAUAUUUGAACAGCUUAUUUCCUGAUGUUUAUUCAAUAGUUACUUAUACAAUAUUUAUACUACAUUUUAUAUAUAUAUAUAAAGGCCUAGGAAAUUUAUUAUUUCUAAAAGUACUUCUUUGCUUUAAGGCAAUGCUGAGCUCUUGCCAUUUCUAAUAUUUAGUUCAGGCUUAUUUUGGUUUUCUGUCAUUCUACAUGUCUUGUCAGUAGGAUGACAGCUCUUCCCACAGUUGUUUGAGUCUGAAUUUGCUGAAAACUGUUUGUCGUUUUGUUUUGCCAAACCCAGAGAUUGUGAUCAAGGAGGUGGUUAGAUGUUUCGUUUGUUUUGUCCACCAGCCAGACCCAAAGAAUUUGCUUCAGAGUCUGGUUACUUGCAUACAGGCAGACUGUGCUCUGUCUUUGCUGUUGACAAUGCAGGUGAUCAUACUAGUUAGCAAGCUGCUUCCAGAAACAGACAUUGAUACAUGAGUGUAGUUUAUAAUCACAGGCAUCAACUUACCAGUGCUUGUCGGGCAUCCUGAAUAACAGGUCAAUGUAAGCAAUUGAGAGACAUUUCAUUCAGUCUUCGGUCUUGUAUCCUGAGAGCAACAGCUCUGACACACAAAGGCAGAGAAAAGGAACUGAAGAGGCCCAGAAGGAAAUGGCCUCACAGCUCUUGAUGAGUGGACUUAAAAACAGGAAGGAUCCAAAUUCAGCGCCAUACAGUGUUAACCUCAUGCAUGGACACAGUGUGGUUAGUGCUAAAUGAAACCAGGUCCAAGGAUGACAUAUAAGAACUGCUGAAAGCUUUUGUUUUUGGCUGUCUUUUGUUCGUAGUGCUUCACACAAGAGGAGUGGGAGUUAUGUGGUAACAAACUGAACUGGUGUGAUCAGUUCUGCAGGUUUAUUUUUAUACUGUAGCAAGGAGCUUCAAACACCUGGUACAAUUAUCACAAAAAUGACUUUGAGAAGGAAGAUGAGAGGAAGUGUCCUCGCUCUGAUGAAUGAGGGUCGCAAAACACAAAUCAUUCUUCUGGAUGAGAGGCGGCUAGACAUUCUUGUACAGCCAAAACUCUACACAUUUGAACUUCUGGAUCUUGUGGCAUCCCACUUCAAAUUGCAAGAAAAACACUAUUUUGGACUAGCUUUUCUGGAUGAAACAUCACAUUUCAACUGGUUGCAUGGAGAAAAGAAAGUUUUGGAUCAUGACUUCCCAAGGAAAAGUGGAGUUCUUCAGUUACAUUUCUCUGUCCGAUUCUAUGUGGACACUAUUGGCAUACUGCCAGAUUCCCAGACAGUGGAACUUUUCUACCUCAAUGCUAGGCAAGCAGUGUUCAGGGGGCAAAUUGAGUGCGACAGUGAAACAGUGUUGGAGCUAGCAGCACAUGUUUUACAAGCAUGCAAGGGAGACUUUACCAGUGAUGAAGAAACAAGGGAGCACUUAAAAAGGCUACCAGUUAUACCAACACGCACUCUAAAAGAACACCCAUCAAUCAGUUACUGUGAAGAGAAAGUCAUUGGUUACUAUAAAAAGCUCCUAGGAACAUCAAGAGGCCUCGCAAUUGUGAACUACAUGACAAUUGUAGAAAGACUUCCCACAUAUGGAAUACAUUACUAUGAAGUGAAGGACAAAAGAGAAAUACCAUGGUGGCUUGGCAUUAGCCCCAAAGGAAUAGCUGUAUAUGACAAAAAUGAUAAGACAACACCACGGAGGCUCUUCACUUGGAAGCAUUUAGAAAACUUGUAUUAUCGGGAUAAAAAGUUUUCAAUAGAAGUUCAUGAUCCCAAACGUGAUGGUGGCAGUAUCGUGCACACACUGAGCAGUUUCAACUUGUAUGAAGAUGCCAUUCGUGAGCCCGUUGAACAAUAUGACGACCUGUCCGAUGCAAUCACAGACCCCACCACUCAGGUUUCUGUGAGUCGCAGGACGUUUGGCACCAGUAGUGUCAAUGUGCAUGCAUGGCUGGCCUCCAGCCCACAACUGACCAGGUGCAUCUGGUCUAUGGCAGUUGCCCAGCACAAGUUCUACCUGGACAGGAAGCAGAGCAAGAGCUCGUUAACAGCUGCUCGUAGCAUGAGUGAGAUUGCAGCAGACCUCAGUCGCAGUAGCACGUCCCUUGUUGACUCGGAUCUAAGCCGGAGUGCCAGUUCACAAUCCUUGCCAAGUCUUGGGGGCUCCAGAUUUGAUUUAAACAUGGAGAACUUAGAGUCUCAGAAGGCUGAGCGAGAAAUGUUCAAGGCUUUGAAGGCCAGGAAGGAAGCACUUGAAGAGGCCUUGCGCAGCAAGCUUGAGGAACUGAAGCUGCUUUGCUUUCAGGAAGGGGAGCUCACUGGAGAGCUGCCAAAAGAAACACCGUUAGAAGCAGGUGAACGAGUUCCCACAUUUCGACGGCGUAUUGGAACAUCAUUUGCUCUUUCGCCAAAGACAAUUCACAAGAAAGACCAGAAUGAGGACCAUCUUGCCACACUGGAAUUGGAGUACGAGCUGCAGAGCAAGAUAACAUCAGCUGCCCACAGUUUAGCCCAUGACAAGUCGGUCAGCAAGUAUGUGCGCAAACAACGACGACAGGCAUACAGCCGAGCUUCCACCAAGUUAAAAGAAAUGGAAAAGAAGCUGACAGAAGCCAGGAGAAAAAGCAGCAGGACCAGGACCAGAGAUGACAGACAAGAAAACAACCAAGCUGUAUCCGGUGAAUCUAAAUAUGGUGACCAUGACAUUAUUGGGGGGGAUCAUCACAGACAUUAUGUACAAGACAAGCAUCAUCAACAUACUCAGUCGAUGCUGCCAGCUUCUCCGUCUCAACAAAGCCGUCUGCUCAGUCCCUCACACGGGAGCCCACAUUUGCCUCCGGGGUAUCUCCAGAACACAGGGUUUGACAGCAGGGUGCAAUAUCACCCACAUUAUCCAGCAAUGUCUUCCUCAUCUUCGCGUAAUACACUGUCCCCGAGCUCAUCCCUGAGCCCUGCCAGUACAAGAAGCAUUCAGGAUGAUCUGAGUACAGGCAGCAGCAGUGUGAACUCGUCUUCCAACAACCUUUACAACUUGGGAUUGCAGCAGACCUCUAAAUAUGAGAGUUAUGACUUGCUGAAGUCUCCUUCAUCUUCCAUCACAGACUCAUACGGUGAGGCCACAGAACAGCAACUGCAACUUCCAUCCAAGCAUGGCAGCCUGGACAGAGCCUACAAGAGAGGGGACCAUUCUUAUGGCAGUCUCGACCGCAAGAAACGACAGCACGGUUACAGUGUCGAGCCAAGGGAUACUGGCAGAGAUCAUGUGGUUGGCAGUGGGUCUCUUUUCCUAGAUGUGAAAUCAGGGUAUCAUCAACAGCAGGGCGACUUGAAAUGCAGUUCACAAUCACCCAGCAAAGUAGAGUUGCCUGUUUAUCAUGAGAAGUCUCACCACGGUCCUGAGAACAGUUACUGGAAGGGAAAUACAUACCACGAUGCAGUGCCUUCCUCACUGGCACGCUCUCCUGAAACAAUGUGUGCCAACUGGGGGGUGUCGGGGAAUACCUUUGAGAGCUACAGUCCCCGUCUUUCAGAAACAGCUCAGCAGGCUAGGCUGUCAAGGGAUAUAACCCUUCAACAAAAACAGAUGCAGCAGCUACAUCUCUCACAUCAUUUCCAUCAGCAUUCUCACUCCCAGCCCCAGGAUGCAGUUGUCAGCCCCUACGGUGGCAAGUACGAGCCAGUCCCAGUGCUGCACUUAGAAUCUCGACAACACCCAAUGAGUCCCAGCCAAUCUCAGCCGCAGAGUCCUAGUUCUCCCCCUCCUGCUCCGAGCACUCUUGUUACUGUGACCCGCUUUCAGCCUCACAUGGAGGUCACCAAGCCAUACGAAAUCUCUGAUUUCUUCAAAUACAGUGAACGCCUGCGGAAACAGCGCAUUAUUGAGAACUACCAGCGGCAGCUGAUGGGGGCAACAAAUCUUGACAGAAGUUCUGGGGCCAGCACACCUUCUCACUCUUCCGAUAGCGAUUCCCACUCUCUGUACUCAUCACACUCGGGCUCCUCUCUCUCCCAUGCCCAGCGGCUGGCGGCCACAUCUACUGCCUUUUUCGCCAGCCCAAGUAAAGGUGGUAGCUUGGUAUACAGCCACCCAGCAUCUCCCCAAUUCCAUAAGCAUGAACCUGACCAAGGAUCUUACAUUCCUGCAGAUCAAACUCAGACCCCCCUUGCUGCUCGAGAGCAGCCCCCCUACAUUGGAUACAGCGCACGAGAUGUAGUGACAUCGUCAUCUUUAUCAGAGUUCCAGACAGUAAGGAGCCAAGGCCCAUCUCUACAUUUUGCCACAGGCCAGACACAUUCUUCUUACAGAGAUCAGCACGUGCACACAGCAGCCAGUGCUAAGCACUUGCACUAUCAGCCACCCACCCCUAUGACAUGUCAGCCCGUAAGAGAUCAGACUGUAUUUAAGGGCGGAGGGCCAGGGAAGUAAAUCAAACAGGGUGGAAGUAAGGGCUAGACCAUAGCAAGGUCUUCUAUUCAGAUGCAGUUUAUUAUAAUUUUUUUCCCGCAUCAAGUGUCACUUGUUUGUCUGCUGGUGGGCAGCAUCCAUUUAAAUUCUUGAUCGUUAAACAAGAGCUUCAGUCUGAUAUUUUCCUAAGUGCAAUGUGUUCUUAAAGUGAAAUUGCUGAAUACCUGGGCAAGGUUAUGUGCCAUCCUCUGGCUUUGUAGUUGAAUAGUGACUGCUUUAAGUGUUUACAUACUGUUAGAGAAACAACUUAGGAUUGUCUAGAUUAAGGCAGGAUUGAAAUAAAAAAGAACAGGGUAUUGUAAUAGUAAAGUCACCAUACUUCUGUUUUUAUCCUCUUGACCGCUUAAAUUAUCGAAAUUCAUCAGAGGCACUGGCGGUCAUUUAGAAAACAUAUCAGUCCUUCAUAUUUUAUAAACAAUGCCCUUAGUUGUUUUUUUAAGCAGUGGUUGUAAUAUGUUUACCAGUGAAGUAAUUCUGAAACCAGUGCUUUUAAGCAGCUUCAGUGUUUCAAAAAUGUUCUUUAGUUGUUAAUUUUACUAGGUGAGACCACCUUUGGUGUGUCUGAUUAGUCUGUGUCCAAGAUCACUGCUUCCAUGAUGUUACGAUGCAAGCAGAUUCAGAAACAUCCCUUGUUCUGCUCAAGUGCAGUGCCAAUGAGAGUAGAGUAGCCAUGUUGGACGGAUUAUAGGCAGCACCAUUUGUCUGUUCAUUAUGUUUGGUAUGCCGCACCUUACUCUUAUUCCUUUUUUUGGGAAGUUUGUGUUUUAUUAUAAUUUUGGUGAGUAGAUGGGGAACAUUGCUGAUCUCCAUCCUCUGUGCUGUCAGUGUUUCAUGUCGAGUAUUGCAGCAAGAGACCCUGGUAGUUUCUGUGCUAGAAGAAUCGCUGAGUAUCAUCUUUCUCCUGAAAAGAUGGCAGCAGAAGGAGAAGUUUGGCAAGCAUCACGAUUACCAGUUUAGUGGCUUCAGGCUUCAGUUUCAGGCUAAGCUGCAUGUUUGAUGUAGCAAAAGUGAGCAAAGGAUCUACCAGCAUAAAAGAAGAAAUGAUUCAGGUAAAGGAUUCUAUGCAGAAAUGCACAUUUUGAGAAAAUAUUCUCAGCUUGUAUCACCAGUUUGGGGUGAAAAUACGCACAACAGGUACAGGAAGAGAAACUGAGAACUUAGUGUUUGCUGAUCAGUGACCAGCCAUGCCUAAUCACUUGGAGAAUUUGUGACAAGAAUUUGCAUGCCACUAAUAUAUGCUACAGUGUCUGACUCAUUUAAUGUGGUGAGGUACAGAAGAUAAAGAACAGUCGUUCUGUGUUCUUGGGGGUGGUGGAGGAGUUAGUCUACAUUCCUCUCCCCUUCUUUGCAUGUGUGUGUUUAGUGGCUGAAUAUUAAAUAAUAUAGAAAAGCACCUUAUUAUUUUUAAUGGGCUGCAAUGGAGGUGUUGUUAGAAAAGAGGAGAAAAUAUUAGCUACACUUUAUGAAAGUUAAAUGUUUUAUAACCAUUGAUUAAGAAGAAUGGUAUCUUUUAGUGCAGUUUUCAAUUCUUUCUUUCUUUUGACCUGCUGCAAUAACAUUUUGCUGAAUAUCAUGUCUGCUUUAUUGGUGUUGGUCGACAUUUAAAUACCUUUUAAUGAUGGAAGGUCAUAGUGGUGGUACAUACAAAAUACUAAUACUAAAGAGCUAUCAGCUGUACCAAGCUAGCCUAAUAGUCUACUCUAGGGCUAGCAUCUUAAUAUGAGAAAAAUUGGCCUUGCAUUUGCUACCUGGAGAUCAAGUGACCUGGAAUUAAGUGUGUUAUAGCACAUACAAAGACAAAGAUAAUACUCCUCUGGUGCUAUGUUGCAAGGGACCAGAGCAAUACAAUAAGAGCAUUAUUGGGGUUUUUUAAUCACCUCUGGACGAAUGCAUGAUGGUCAUGUUCCUGUUGUAGUUUGCAGAUCCUAUCAAACAUGAGCGACAGCCAUACAUACACAUGUAUUCCAGUUUCUGGUGUGCAGCAAUGCGAGCAUCUAUAAAUACUCCAUACGAAUAGCACCAGACUGCAAAAAUUGUUUUCAACAGGUGGCAGUUAAUCUCUUACCUGGCCAAAAAUAGCUUGUCACUCGUUCAGCUACCCAAAAGUCAGCAUUUGGCAGUCUCAUUUGACAAACUGAUGUGAAAGAUUAGAUCGUCUAAAGGUCUUACUUCCACCAGCCAUAUUCAAUACUUCAAGAGCCUUUCAACCCUUUUAUUUUGAAUAGAAGCCAUCAAGUAGGUCUGGUGGUUAAUUUUAGGAGUGUGCAUUAUGCCCUCUCGUUCAUUGUAAGAUCUGAACAGCAGCAUGGAUGCCAUCAACAAAAGAAUCCCUUAGCAUCUCUUUCUUUGCUGCUGGCAGUGGAGAUUUUGUAAACAAAGUGGUGAUGGUUUAUUUAUUACCCCAACCCCCCACUCACCUGGCGUAGUUUUGUUUCAGCAGGUGGUAAAUAAAUGUGUUAAUGUUUGAUACAGAGGAGGCAUUAUAGGAUAUCUUUUUUUAAAAAAAAUUGCUGCUGUUCCAUUUUAUGCUGUUUCUUACAAUGUACAGAUGGCCACUAUUUGGUUAACAGCAUUUGUUUUGGUGGUGUUGUGAAGCAGGGUGUGUGUCCAUGACUAUGGUUUGUCUUUUUUCCAGGAUAACUUAUAUAUAUAUCAGCCAGAACUUCCGAUAAGGACAAUUUUUUUGUGAACUUCAUAGCUAGAUAAGACUGCACAUUCAUCAUUUUUUAUCAGUUUGGAGAUAACACAGAAGACAGUAGUAAAAAUUCCACCUGUUCCAUUACAUUGGUGAACUCAGAUUGGGAUGUGAAAUCAUCUACAUCAGCAGACUAUCAUUCUCCCUAAUCGUGACCAUGUGCACAUUAUUAGCUAAGAAAUAGAAGGAAGGCUGAUUA